AAUUUGGGAAGGGCUCCUCCUUAGUAUUGUUAUAUGGGGGAAGAGGAAAAGGCAGUUCCUGUCUUACACUUACACUGCAAGGGUGACAGUCCUGCUAAGUGCCGAGCGAGAGAGACACAAUGGGUACCUCUACUAGCCGCUUCAAAGAGCUGCAAGCCCCUUUCUCAUUAAACUUCUGCCGCAAGGAGGGGAGUCUGUCUGAGGAGGAGGUAACACUGACUGAGAAGGCGAGUACCAGCUCUACCAAUGGAGGCCACGUCCAGACCCAGAAGUGUAUCCGUGUCAAGAAUUGGGAGAACUGCACCCUCUCGUACGACACGCUCAAUGUGCAGGCUGAGCAGGAUGUGGCGUGUACUAAGGCCCGGUGUCUGGGGUCUGUGAUGUUUCCAACGCAGAUGACAUGUCCUCUCCCACAGGGUCCAAAGUCUGAGGAGGAUCUUGUGCCCAAAGCCAAGGACUUUAUCAAUCAGUAUUUCAGUUCCAUCAAAAGGUCCCAAUCUAAGGCUCACCUAGAGCGCCUCAAAGAGGUGGAACAAGACAUCGCAUCCAGUGGGACCUACCAGCUGAAGGAGACUGAGCUGGUCUUUGGAGCCAAGCAAGCCUGGCGGAACGCUGUGCGCUGUGUGGGCAGAAUUCAGUGGUCAAAGUUACAGGUGUUCGAUGCGCGAGAAUGUAGUACAAGUCAGGAGAUGUUCACCUACAUCUGUAACCACAUCAAAUACGCCACCAACAAGGGCAACAUCCGAUCUGCCAUCACAAUAUUCCCUCAGCGGAAAGACGGAGCGUCUGAUUUCCGGAUCUGGAACAGUCAGUUAAUUCGUUAUGCAGGGUACAGACAAGCGGACAACAGUGUGGUGGGGGAUCCCGUAAAUGUGGAGUUAACAGAGCUUUCUGUACAAUUAGGUUGGAAACCAAAGGGUGGUAGAUUUGAUGUAUUACCUCUCUUACUUCAAGCCAAUGGAGAUGAUCCAAAGCUGUAUGAUAUUCCUCCAGAACUUAUCCUGGAAGUUCCACUACGACACCCAACAUACGAGUGGUUUGCUGAGCUGGGCUUGAAGUGGUAUGCGUUACCUGCCGUUAGUAGCUCACUGCUGGAAAUUGGGGGCUUGGAGUUCCCAGCUGUGCCCUUCAAUGGCUGGUAUAUGGGGACAGAAAUUGGAAUGCGGAACCUGUGUGAUCCUUACAGAUACAAUAUAUCAGAGGAGGUAGCUAAUCAUCUAGGUCUGGACACAAAGAAGACCUCCUCUCUGUGGAAGGAUAAAGCAGCCUUGGAGAUCAAUAUUGCUGUUUUAUACAGCUACCAGUGUGAAAAGGUGACCAUCGUGGACCACCAUGCAGCCACAGAAUCAUUUAUGAAACACAUGGAACAUGAGAACCGACUGCGUGGUGGGUGUCCAGCGGAUUGGGUUUGGAUUGUCCCACCAAUGUCUGGUAGCCUUACCCCAGUGUUCCACCAAGAGAUGGUCAAUUACCACCUAUCUCCUUCCUUCCUGUACCAGCCGGACCCAUGGAAGCAUCACAUCUGGAAAGGUUCGCAAAGCACCAUCACCAGGAAGAGAACUUUCAAAGAGGUGGCCAAUGCAGUGAAAUUUUCAGCUAAACUGAUGGGUAAAGCCAUGGCAAGAAGAGUAAAGGCUACUAUUCUCUAUGCCACCGAGACUGGACGAUCGGAGACCUAUGCUCAGAAUCUCUGUACGAUUUUCAGAUACGCCUUUGAUCCAAGAGUGAUUUGUAUGGACCAGUAUGACACCGUCAACUUGGAGCACGAGACCCUAGUGUUGGUGGUGACCAGUACGUUUGGUAACGGGGAUCCUCCAGAAAAUGGCGAGACCUUUGCUCGGGAAUUGAUGGAGAUGACAUCCCCGAAUGUGGCUGCCCUUCAGCCAGAGCAGCAGAAGAGCUACAAGACUCGAUUUAACAGUGUGUCGCAGACAGAUCUACUUGUCACGUCAUGGAAAAAGAAACGGAAAGAAUCAAGUAAUACUGACAGUGCAGGCCCAUUGGGGACACUCAGGUUCUCUGUGUUUGGCUUGGGUUCUCGGGCCUAUCCUCACUUCUGCGCCUUUGGGCAUGCAGUCGAUACAAGGCUGGAGGAGCUCGGUGGGGAACGUAUUCUGGAGAUGGGGGAAGGUGAUGAAUUGUGUGGACAGGAGGACUCAUUCCGAAUUUGGGCCAAAGCCGUGUUUAAGGCCGCCUGUGACACCUUUUGCGUUGGAGAUGACACAGAUAUGAAUAUUAUUGACUUCUUCAAGGCCAAGAGCAGCUGGCAGAGGUCCAUGCACCGGCUGUCUAUCCAAGCUUCCUCUCCAGACCUUAUUACAGGCCUGUCUCAGGUUCACAGACGAAAAGUUUAUGAAGCAAAAUUAAUUUCCAAGGACAACCUGCAGAAUGAGAAGUCCAGUCGUUCCACCAUCUUGGUCCAGUUCAGCACUGAGGGUCAGAAGGAGUUGAGGUACUCACCUGGAGACCACUUAGGGGUUUUCCCCUGUAAUCGAGAGGAGCUGGUUAUGACUCUUCUGGAAAGGGUGGAGGAUCCCCCACCGGCCAAUGACACUGUGCUCGUGGAGACUCUUGAUAAUGACUCAAACAGGUACAUCACUGGAAAUAAGAUGAGCUGGGUCUGUGAUACCCGGAUACCUCCCUGCACCCUACGACAAGCACUGACCAAUUAUCUGGACAUCACCACCCCCCCUACACCCCAACUCCUGCAACUCCUGAGUAUUCUCUGCGAAGAGCCAGACGAGCGGAAAAGAUUGGAGACCCUCAGCCAGGACUCCCGCCUGUACGAAGAGUGGAAAUGGUACAAAUGUCCAACACUGGUUGAGGUUUUGGAAGAAUUUCCCUCGAUUUGUGUCCCAAGCUCACUGCUGCUCACACAGCUCCCUCUGCUCCAGCCUCGCUACUAUUCUAUCAGCUCGUCAUCCGAUGCCUUCCCUGAGCAGAUCCACCUCACCGUGGCCGUGGUAUCGUACAACACGCAGGAUAACAAGGGACCCUUGCAUUUUGGUGUGUGUUCUACAUGGCUGGACCAGUUGCCCCCCGACAGCCCCAUCCCAUGCUUUGUCCGUGGUGCUCCGACCUUCCACUUGCCGGAUGACAUUAUGGCUCCGUGUAUUCUGGUGGGUCCUGGAACCGGUAUCGCACCUUUUCGUGGCUUCUGGCAACAGAGACUCUACGAUAUUGAAAAAAAAGGUCAAGUUCCUGGAGAAAUGACAUUGGUCUUUGGCUCUCGGUGUGCUGAACUUGACCAUAUUUACAAAGAGGAAACACUUGAAGCCCAGCAAAGAGGAGCCCUGAGCAAAAUCUACACAGCUUUCUCCAGACAGCCCAACACACCAAAGACCUAUGUGCAGGACAUUCUACGCACACAACUCGCCUGUGAAGUUUAUGAUGUACUAUGUAAGGACCAAGGACACAUGUAUAUUUGUGGUGAUGUGACAAUGGCCACAGACGUCCUGCAGACAGUACAGCUCAUUCUGGUUUCUCAGGGUGAUAUGAGCAUUGUUGAGGCUGGAGACUUCAUUGGCCAGCUACGGGACCAGAACAGAUAUCAUGAGGACAUCUUUGGCAUCACAUUAAGGACCCAGGAAGUAACGACUCGUGUUCGCUGCCAGUCCAUGUCACUCCAGGAGAAGAGAGAAACGUGACGAUGAGAACCACGCUACAUCAUAUGCAUUCAUGGACACUACAGAGUAGACAUGUAGGGACAACAUACCAUUCCCCACGAGAUUACUUAUAUAUAGUUACAUAGCUGAAAAGAGACUUGCGUCCAUCAAGUUCAGUCUUCCUCACAUGUUUUUGCUGUUGAUCCAAAAGAAGGCAAAAAUAUGACGCCAAUAUAGUUUGUAGCGAUUUACAGUGGGAUCAAAUGCAAACUUAUUAACCCUUUACAAUGGACAUUGAAUCAUAAAGGGCUGCCAUAUUGCCAAACCCGUACCACAAACACCAACCUCGUGCCAUGAUCGAAAACCUCAUACCACUAUCAUUGACCCUGUUUCACAACGCCAACCUCAUACCAUUAUCAACCCCGUACCACAACACCAACCUCAUACCAUUAUCAGCCCCGUACCACAACACCAACCUCAUACCAUUAUCAGCCCCGUACCACAACGCCAGCCUCGUGCCAUGAUCGCCAACAUCAUACCAUGAU